AUGGUUAUGGGUUUAAUCCAUAACAUCUCACCAUCUUUCCCUUUCUUUUUCCUUCAUCAUUUCUUUGUUCUUUUCUCUCCUUUUACAUUUUCUUUCUAUCUCUGUUUACUGCCACUUAUCAUCACCUUCUUUUUCUUUCUUGUGCUCUUCAUUUUUUUUUCUUUUUCUUUUCUCCUUUCCUACUUUACUGGUUUUCUAAACUUGAAUACUCUUUCUUUCUUUCUUUCUUUCUUUCCAACUGUUCCUAAUUUCUAUUUCUUUCUUUCAUCUUAUUCUUUCUUUCUUUCUUUCUUUCUUUCUUUCUUUCUUUCUUUCUUUUCCAACUAUGUUAAACAUUUCUUUCUUUCUUUCUUUCUUUCUUUCUUUCUUUCUUUCUUUCUUUCUUUCUUUCUUUCUUUGAUUUUCUCACUGAAACCAAAUAAUGUUCAUAUCUAUCUAUCUAUCUAUCUAUCUAUCUAUCUAUCUAUCUAUCUAUCUAUCUAUAGCUGUUCAUUAUCUAUUUAUCUAUCUAUCUAUGCAUCCCAUAUCUAUCUAUCUAUCUAUCUAUCUAUCUAUCUAUCUAUCUAUCUAUCUAUCUAUCGUGGUUCAUAUCUAUCUAUCUAUAGCUAUUCAUAUCUAUCAAUCUGUCUGUCUGUUUAA